AUGAACAGUAAUAUAAUAAAAUGGUUUGAACUAUUGAUAAGACAGUUAGAGUUUUAUGUUGAUGUCAAAACCGGAAAAAAUAAGUUGGUAUAUUCUUACAAACUAAACUCUAUUGUAAAAGCCCUAGGAGUAAUCCGUUCUGUGAAAUUUAGGAUCAAAUCCGGUAAUGAUCUUAAAAAUUACAAAGGUAUUGGCAAUGGUACAAUCAAAAGAAUUGACGAGAUUAUUGCAACAGGAAAGCUUGAAGAAGUACAUAAAGAUGAUAUAACCGGCAAACACCUAAAUUAUGUAGACGAUUUAAUGAAAAUAUUCGGAAUUGGGAGGACAAAGGCAUAUGAAUUAUACACCAAGCAUAACAUUAAAUCAAUUGAUGAACUAAAACAUCUAAUAAAAAAAGGCAACAUUAAAUUGCCAGAAAGUAUUAUCAAGGGAAUAAAGUAUGUAGACAAAAUUAAACGUUCUAUUCCGAGAUCGGAAAUGGAUAAAAUAUAUUCUAAACUUAUUAAAGUCGGAAUUAUGUUGGAUCCUGAUAUGGAUGUUAGAAUGUGCGGAUCAUAUCGACGGGAAAAAGAAGAAUCAAACGACAUUGAUAUUAUUAUAUCACAUCCAAAAAUUAUUACAAAAACACAAGCGGAAAAAUCAGACUUAAUGUUAAGAUUUAUUAGUGUUUUAGAGGAAAUCGGAUUUAUUAAAGAUUCGUUUACAUCAGAAGACGUGUCGACAAAGUAUAUGGGUGUUUGCAAACUAGCACCCAAUUCCAUGCUAAGAAGAAUAGACAUUAGAUUCAUACCCCAAGAAUCGUAUCAUACAGCUCUUCUGUAUUUUACCGGCUCUGAUAAAUUCAAUCGCCGAAUGAGAGGAGUCGCUCUAAGCAUGGGUUAUACUCUUAAUGAAUAUAGAUUAUUGGGAAAUAACGAAAUUCCGUUUAAAAUUAUGUCGGAAAAGGACAUAUUUGAUUAUUUGAAUAUGGAAUAUCUUUUACCAAAAGAAAGAGAACACUAAUUCUUUUGAAAAAACAUGUUACAUUAUCUUAUAUUAUC